AUGAAGCAAGCUUUGGAGCUAUAUAAAAGCGGAUGCCAGGUUUUCACAUUUAUUCUGUGUUUAUUGAACAGACUAAGGAAUAGAUCAAAAAUGGUUUCCAAGGCCAUCAUCAUUUGCACCCUCGCCUUCAUAGGACAGGCUAUCUGCAAUCCAACUUGCUGCAAAAUUAGCUCCUCGAAGCUGAUUAGCUCCCCGAUGCUGAUUAGCUCUGGCUACUCCUCCGGCAAGUGCGAGUCCAUCGUGAUCUCCAACAGCGGCGGCGACCUGCUCAUCUCCAGCAUCGGCCCCAUCGCGCCAUCCGGCAUCGCCGUGGCCACCGAGCUGGGCCUGGCGGGAGACCUGGAGCUGUCCGGCGAGCUGCCGUACCUGAGCGCGGUUGAGUUCGAGGGCACUUUCCCCACCAACGGCUUGGCCGCGGUCUCUUACGGUUGUGGGGACUGCGUCGCCAUCACUCAGGAGAUCGGCAACCCGACCGGCGUCAACGCCAAUAUCAACUCUGGCUCCAAAGUCGUCAGCGUCUGUGGUUGUGGCAAAUACUAA